UAGCAGCAGUCACAAUGCAACGCGUUUGCGGCAAGUGCCAGUCACAUUGUUAGCGGACAUUUACAGAACAAAAACAAAAUAAAACAUAAUAAACCUCUUUAAUUUAGAGAGAAAGUCCCGAAAUGGCGCUUCUGUGUCGAACUUGCGGGGAGCAUGCAGUAAAUCCAAGGAAACUCUUUGACGAGAAUGGAAACGACAUAUUGAAAGACAUUCUCAAAUUGACAGGCGUCUGGCUCACUAACAGGAGAGGAUUUCCAUCACAUAUAUGCGCCUCCUGUCUGCAACAGACAAAUGAAGCCAUGGGAUUCAGAGAAUUGUGUAUAAGGACGAACAAAUUUUGGUACACAACUGCCGAUUCCAAAACAACUGACGCAGUGCACACGGACCCCCUAAUGGGAAAUGAGGGAGCGGCAAUACCUAAGGAAAACAAAGAAUAUGUUAAAGUCGAAAUUGAAACUCUGUAUGAGGAAAUACAGCCAGCAAGUCCAUUGAGCCCUCACGGCUCGUCGAAUCGUCAAAGUGAACAAUAUAAUAUAGCUAAUGAUAGAGAGGUUUUUGACAACGUCUUAGACUUGGACCGCCUGAUAAAUGAGGAGGAUGCUGCGAUUGUCGUUGAAGAGGAGAAUAAUGAAGAAAUGAAUGAUAUACCAAGUCCUCUGUCAAGUCCUAAGUCACGAUUAGAUUCCUGCUCUGUUACUACAAAAAAAGUAUUGCGUGGUUCCAGAAAAUCAAAUGUUGAUCCUUUACCAAAGAAAAAACGGUAUCGAUCCACUCGUGGUUUUUACUGUGACCAAUGCGGAAAAUGGUUUAAGGAUAAAUGCAAUCUUAAUGUACAUUUGAAGCGGCACACUGGCGUUAAGCAGUUUGAGUGCGAAGAAUGUGGUCGCAAGGAGUUGACUAUGCACCUUUUGAGCCUGCACAUACGAGUAAAACAUAAAGGAGAGCUACCGUACUCGUGCAAAUACUGUGGACAGCGAUUUGACAACUGCAUAAAACGUUUAAAUCAUGAAAGGAGAAAACACAAGGAGUGCCCGGAUACUCGACCUCACGUCUGUCCUGUAUGCGGAAAGGCCUUCACCCGUAAGGCAGAGUUGAAGAGGCAUGAGAUCGUGCAUACGGGCGAACAGCCAUUCCACUGCGAGACCUGCGACGUUUACUUUAACCAAAAUUCCAGCUUAAAAACACACAACCGCUCGAAGUUGCAUAUUAAAAAAGUUGGACAGGAUCGGACCAGAAUUCAGAUAGAUGUAUUUACGGACGAGGAUACUUAACGAAACAAGUAAAUGGCCCUUGAUUGUGUGUGGCUUAUUUUUAAAUGAUUCCACAUUUGCGCAGAAAAGGAAGACUGAAAAGAAACAAAUACUGAGGCCGAAAUAGUAAUGUUAAUGGAUAUUUUAUCCAUUGAAUCCAAAUACUCGUGCUACAUUAAAUAUAAAACAAGACGA